GCCGGUCCAGUACUGCGUCAUGUGACGCGAGCUCUCGCCCCACCCGUCUGCAGCCACUCCCUGUCUACCGUCCCAAAGCUCGAGAGGGCCACGUGACCCUCCCGGGGCCAGUCACGUGUGGCGCAGAUCCUGGGUGGGAGGGGGGUUGGCCCAGGGGGUCCGGAGUGGCAGGAAAGGAGGAAGAUGGCGGGGUGCAGGGGGUCUGUGUGCUGCUGCUGCAGAUGGUGCUGCUGCUGCGGUGAACGCGAGAGCCGCACGCCCGAGGAGCUGACCAUCCUCGGGGAAACACAGGAAGAGGAGGAUGAGAUCCUUCCAAGGAAAGACUAUGAGAGUCUGGACUAUGACCGCUGCAUCAAUGACCCUUACCUGGAGGUAUUGGAGACCAUGGAUAAUAAGAAAGGACGAAGAUACGAGGCGGUGAAGUGGAUGGUGGUGUUUGCCAUUGGCGUCUGCACUGGGCUGGUGGGUCUCUUUGUGGACUUCUCCGUGCGGCUCUUCACCCAACUCAAGUUCGGAGUGGUUCAAACCUCCGUGGAGGAGUGCAGUCAGAAAGGCUGCCUUGCCCUGUCCCUCCUUGAACUCCUGGGUUUUAACUUGACCUUUGUCUUCCUGGCAAGUCUUCUUGUCUUGAUAGAGCCAGUGGCAGCAGGUUCUGGAAUCCCUGAGAUCAAGUGCUAUCUGAAUGGUGUGAAGGUGCCAGGAAUUGUCCGGCUCCGGACCCUGCUCUGCAAAGUCUUUGGGGUGCUGUUCAGUGUGGCUGGAGGGCUCUUUGUGGGGAAAGAAGGCCCCAUGAUCCACAGUGGUGCUGUGGUAGGAGCUGGCCUCCCUCAGUUUCAGAGCAUCUCUUUACGGAAGAUCCAGUUCAACUUCCCCUACUUCCGCAGUGACAGAGACAAGCGAGACUUUGUAUCAGCGGGGGCGGCUGCUGGAGUUGCUGCAGCUUUUGGGGCACCCAUAGGGGGUACCUUGUUCAGUCUGGAGGAGGGCUCGUCAUUCUGGAACCAGGGGCUCACAUGGAAAGUGCUCUUCUGUUCCAUGUCUGCCGCCUUCACCCUCAACUUCUUCCGUUCUGGGAUUCAGUUUGGAAGUUGGGGCUCCUUCCAGCUGCCCGGAUUGCUGAACUUCGGUGAAUUUAAGUGCUCUGACUCUGAUAAAAAAUGUCAUCUCUGGACAGCUCUGGAUUUGGGUUUCUUCAUCGUGAUGGGGGUCAUUGGGGGCCUCCUGGGAGCCACAUUCAACUGUCUGAACAAGAGGCUUGCAAAGUAUCGUAUGCGCAACGUGCACCCGAAACCUAAGCUUGUCAGAGUCUUAGAGAGCCUCUUGGUGUCCCUGGUGACCACUGUGGUGGUGUUUGUGGCCUCCAUGGUGUUAGGAGAAUGCCGACAGAUGUCUUCUGCCAGUCAAACUGGUAAUGGCUCAUUCCAGCUCCAGGCCACAUCAGAAGAUGUGAAUUCAACCAUCAAGACGUUUUUCUGUCCCAAUGAUACCUACAAUGACAUGGCCACGCUCUUCUUCAACUCCCAGGAGUCUGCCAUCCUGCAGCUCUUCCAUCAGGAUGGGACUUUCAGCCCUGUCACCUUGGCCUUAUUCUUCACCCUCUAUUUUCUGCUGGCAUGCUGGACUUUCGGCACCUCUGUCCCCAGUGGUCUCUUCGUGCCUUCCCUGCUGUGUGGAGCAGCUUUCGGACGCUUAGUUGCCAAUAUCUUGAAAAGCUACAUAGGACUGGGCCACAUCUAUUCGGGGACCUUUGCCCUAAUUGGUGCGGCAGCUUUCUUGGGCGGGGUUGUGAGGAUGACCAUCAGUCUCACAGUCGUCCUGAUGGAGUCUACCAAUGAGAUCACAUACGGGCUUCCCAUUAUGAUCACUCUGAUGGUGGCCAAGUGGACGGGAGACUUUUUCAAUAAGGGCAUUUAUGACAUCCACGUGGGCCUGCGAGGGGUGCCUCUUCUGGAGUGGGAGACAGAGGUGGAAAUGGACAAGCUGAGAGCCAGUGACAUCAUGGAGCCCAACCUGACGUACGUCUACCCACACACUCGCAUCCAGUCUCUGGUGAGCAUUCUGCGCACCACCGUCCACCAUGCCUUCCCAGUGGUCACAGAGAACCGGGGCAAUGAGAAGGAGUUCAUGAAGGGCAACCAGCUCAUCAGCAACAACAUCAAGUUCAAGAAAUCCAGCGUCCUUACCCGUGCUGGUGAGCAGCGCAAGCGGGGCCAGUCCAUGAAGUCCUACCCUUCCAGCGAGCUGCGGAAUGUGUGCGAUGAGCACGUGGCCUCAGAGGAGCCAGCAGAGAAGGAGGACCUGCUACAGCAGAUGCUGGAGAGGAGAUACACUCCCUACCCCAACCUAUACCCUGACCAGUCCCCAAGUGAAGACUGGACCAUGGAGGAGCGCUUCCGCCCGCUGACCUUCCACGGCCUUGUCCUGCGCUCACAGCUCGUCACCCUGCUCGUCCGAGGAGUGUGUUAUUCCGAAAGUCAGUCUAGUGCCAGCCAGCCACGCCUUUCUUAUGCUGAGAUGGCCGAGGACUAUCCAAGGUAUCCAGACAUACAUGACCUGGAUCUCACACUGCUGAAUCCCCGGAUGAUUGUGGACGUCACCCCAUAUAUGAACCCUUCACCAUUCACUGUCUCCCCCAACACCCAUGUUUCCCAAGUUUUCAACCUGUUCAGAACCAUGGGCCUGCGCCACUUGCCUGUGGUGAAUGCAGUGGGAGAGAUCGUGGGGAUCAUCACACGACAUAACUUGACGUAUGAGUUCCUGCAGGCCCGGCUUCGGCAGCACUACCAGACACUCUGACAGUUGAGCCUGGCUGCCGGCCGCCAGCCCACUCUCCUACAGACGCCUCUGCAGGUGGCUUGCUCACACACUGGCCCCCACAGCUGGCAUGAAGGCUCCCAGUCACCCACUUGCCCGGAGUCCUGGAAGAUUGGGGUCAGAGGUUUUGGGGAUGUGUUGAGCAGAAAGUUGGAGUUUUACUAACUUCCUCAGCAAGAAUUUUCCGUUUCUUGUUCCCCAGGCUCCCCUGAGACAUCAGGGUAAAGUCAGGCUGGGUCCUGGGUAGACACUUGGUACUUCUCUGUUGUUGUUUCUCAGAGAGCCCAGCUGUAGCCCAGAUCCUUCUGGGAAGGGUGUGGACGGAGACAAACAUUGGGGAUGUUAUUUGUGUGUCACGUUCAUUACUGAGUUCAGGAAUUGGACCCUGAGAACUGUUGCCCAUGUCUGGGAGGCCCAGGAUCAAACCCAGGACCUCAGAUACACUAGAGCUCUCUCUUCUUUAUUGAUAUUUCUUCUCACCUGUUUCCUAGGAGUGAGCACGUGCUCUGCUCUCGCCCUGUGGCCUGAAGCAGGCCCACAGAGCACUAAAACCCCAGUCCUCCCCUCGCUGGAAGCAUUCAGUAGCCCAUUCACCAGUUCCACCUGGUCUCCCGGUAACUCAUGGGCUCCACCCAUUCUCAGUUCAUUCUCCCCACAACUAUUGGACUUUCUAAGCCUUCAUCUCUCGUCCUGGUGGUCCAGCCACAGCUUUGUCUUGGACUCAUUCCCAAGUUAACCAAAAUUGAGGAGCCCCCUGACAGAACCGCUACUCCAAGCCCUCGUAGCGGUUGGCAUUUGGAAUCGCUCUACAAGCUGGCAAACAGGCUGUCCUGAGCCAGGGCCAGUCAAAGGUUCGCCUCCUCUCAUGGUCACUGCUCACACCCUGCUCCCACGCCGCUUCCCACUCAGCCCUCUUACUGAGGACUUGAAGAGGAAUUUGUGCAGCUGCUGGUCUCAGGGGUAGGGAGUGGGGUACUCUUGUCCCUUGUGCCUCACUGGUUUUUCAUGGCUUCAUUCUCCCCUGGCUGCUGGUCCUCUCUGAGUUGGCAUCUCAGUGAACACCCAGGUAGAGACAUCAACACUCAUUUUCCUGCAACCUAGGCCCAAUGGUAGGUGUUCUUUGGAUACCAGGUGACAUUCAUUUGUAUUCCAUGCUGUUUUUUUCUUUGUUUUUUGAGACAGGGUCUCUCUGUGUAGCCUUGA